GACAUCAUUCUCUCGGCCUCGGCAGCGGAGCCGAACACGUGAAACACACGCCAUUUUGACUCUGAUCCUGAGCGAACGGCGCCGUCUCUGCGCGGUUGUUCUUUGAGCCAAGAUGGCGGACAGAGCGCCGCGGUUUCCUGAUAGUCAUUGCUUAUGAAGGAAGUGCGCCGCGGAGCCCUUUAACGAAAGAAACGCACUCUCAUUGGUUUCCGCGAUGUUUACGGAGGGAGAGCCAAUCAUAUGUGCCCGCUGAUCCAGGUGAUAUCCCUCCUACCAGUAUCUCCGGAGUAGGUUUAUUUUGGUUUACCCCAGCUCAUGUACCGCCGCCAUUAGAGCUAGCCAAAUCGCCAAUGGAAAUGGGAAUUCCGGUGUCUAAAAUCCUCUAAAAUCCCGCGUUGAUGCGAAAAUCGCGGUGGCGUUGUGUGUUUUAGAGGAAGGGUGGCGAAAUGACAUGGGUGUUCCGCCGCACAAUCGCUCUGCUGUCGCGGUAGAUUGUCUGUGCUGAGCUGGAUUUGGACCCGAUAGGAUUGGGUUUCGGCAGGACAGACAUUCGGAAGGAAAGAGAUACGUUUGCAAAAGGGCAAACUCGUGAACAGUGUUUACAAACUGAAGUGUGGAGUGCAAAGACAGGAGAAACUGGAGUCGCUGUGACCCUGAGCAGGUGUACACAGGUGAAGAACAGAGAACAGGUGGGUGGGAGGGAGGGGGGAGAUCAGCUGUGGUGACCGGCGCGAGCGAGGAUGACAGAUUUUGGCUUGAAGUGGAGCUGUGAGUACUGCACUUACGAGAACUGGCCGUCCGCCAUCAAAUGCACAAUGUGUCGGGCCCAAAGACACAACGCGCCCAUCAUCACAGAAGAACCCUUCAAGAGCAGCUCCAGCCUGGAUCCGCAGCUGUGCACCACGCAGGGCAGCUCCUCCCUACUCAUCUGCCCCGACUCGAGCGCCCGGCCUCGGGUACGGAUCGCAGACGAGCUGCCCGAGACCAGCAGCAAAUGGUCCUGCCACAUGUGCACCUACCUGAACUGGCCCCUGGCUAUCCGCUGCACGCAAUGCCUCAGUCACAGGCAACAGGGAUCACAUCAGAGGCCCCUUAGUCCGUCGGAGGCCCCCCAGACCUCGGGCUCCAGGCCUUCCCCGGUGACCUCCGACCCUUGCGAGAAGUAUAAUGACCGGAAUCGGUUGAACAUGCAUGCACAACGGUGGCAGUGCUCAGCCUGCACCUAUGAGAACUGGCCAAAGAGCCUCAGGUGUGUGGUUUGCGACCACCCGAAACCCAACAGUGCGCCCGAGACGCCCCAGCAUGACUCGGAGGCGGAGAGCGCCACGUCCCCGUCCUCAGUAAAUGAGCAGGAGAGGGAUAACGUAAGGACAUCGGGGGGCGGGGUGGUGAGCGGGGGUAUUCGGGGCAGGCAGAGAAAACUCUCUCCUCCUAUGUGUAAAGGGCAGGCGGAGGUGAAGAUCGAGCUGGCGUCCGGAGCGAUGGGCAGCGAUAAUGAGCAGGAGGCGGACUUCAAAAAGCUCAAACAGAUCAGGAACCGGAUGCGCAGGAGCGACUGGCUCUUUCUGAACGCGUGCGCUGGUGUAGUGGAGGGGGAUCUGGCUGCGGUGGAGGCGUUCAAGUCAUCAGGUGGUGACAUUGCACGUCAGCUGACCGCAGACGAGGUACGGAUUCUGAACCGCCCGUCUGCGUUUGACGCUGGUUUCACGCUGGUGCACCUCGCCAUCCGCUUCCAAAGACAGGACAUGCUAGCGGUGCUGCUCACAGAGGUAUCUCAGCAGACAGCUAAGUGUAUACCCGCACUUGUGUGUCCCGAACUAACAGAACAGAUCCGCAGGGAGGUGGCCGCAGCUCUUCACAGACGUAAAGGAGAAUUCCCCUGUUACUUCUUCACUGAUCUCGUCACCUUCACAUUACCAGCAGAUAUUGAAGACCUUCCCCCAAAUGUACAAGAAAAAUUGUUUGACGAGAUCUUGGAUCGAGAUGUGCAGAAAGAGCUCGAGGAGGAGUCUCCCAUCAUAAACUGGUCUUUGGAGCUGGGCACACGUCUGGAUAGCCGCCUGUACGCUCUGUGGAACAGAACCGCUGGAGAUUGUCUUCUGGAUUCUGUUUUACAGGCCACAUGGGGAAUUUAUGACAAAGACUCGGUCCUGAGAAAAAGCCUCAACGAUAGUUUACAUGACUGCUCUCACUGGUUUUACACACGCUGGAAAGAGUGGGAAUCCUGGUAUUCCCAGAGCUUCGGCUUACAUUUCUCCCUGAGGGAGGAACAGUGGCAGGAAGACUGGGCAUUCAUACUGUCAUUAGCAAGUCAGCCGGGAGCGAGUUUAGAGCAGACGCACGUGUUUGUGUUGGCACACAUUCUGCGCAGACCCAUCAUUGUGUACGGUGUAAAAUAUUACAAGAGCUUCAGAGGAGAGACUCUGGGAUACACUCGAUUUCAAGGUGUAUACCUGCCUCUGCUGUGGGAGCCAAGCUUCUGCUGGAAAAGCCCCAUCGCCCUCGGUUACACACGUGGUCAUUUUUCUGCCCUGGUUGCUAUGGAGAACGAUGGCUAUGAUAAUCGAGGCGCGGGCGCCAACCUGAACACAGAUGAUGAUGUCACCGUUACGUUCCUGCCAUUGGUCGACAGUGAGCGAAAGCUGUUGCACAUCCACUUUCUGUCAGCACAAGAGAUGGGUACGGAGGAACAACAGGAGCGGAUGUUGAGGCAGUGGAUGGACUGUUGCGUGACGGAGGGCGGGGUUUUGGUCGCGAUGCAGAAGAGCUCGAGGAGGCGGAACCACCCGCUUGUCACUCAGAUGGUGGAGAAAUGGCUGGACGGUUAUCGGCAACUUGCUGCCUGUCCCACUCUUUCUGAUGGGGAGGAGGAAGAGGAAGAUGAAGAUGAGUGAAGAAGACCCCACGACGAAGUUCACUUGACACUACAACACGGCCCAAUUGUUUUCCUUCACAUAUAAACACACAAACGCACACGCGUGUAAACCCCGGCUAAAAAAAAUACAGACCCAAGGUUUCCUUUUGGUUUUGGUCCUUAAUACAGCAAAUAAUUUGGGUUUGUUGAAAAUAAAGGAAUGCAAUCAUGAUUGUAUUUGUCUUUACGAAGUACGUUCUUUGCUUUAUGUUUGCGUUUCGUUUUUUUUUUAUUUGCUGUUGCGAUGCUUGUAGUGACGUAAGAAAGAAAAGGACUGAGAACUGACGCAAGUGUGCGAUUUUGAGAGAAUAUAUUUAAAUAGGUAAAUUGCAGCAAUUUAAGCACCCUUUUUAAAAACUGGUUCUGUUUGUAAAGGAACUGACUCAAGUGUCUACUUUUCUGUUUGUGUAGCGUUAGACUGAGAUACUGAAACAUAAUUCACUACACGUUUGAAAACAUGCAUUCACGCAACUAAUCGCACUCAAAAUACGACUGUCGUGUUUUCUGUUUAAAUAAAGCUUGGUUGUUUGUUUUCACCUGGA